AUGAUAAAGAGAUCCAUCUUUGUCGAGUUUUUGACGGCGCUGGCGAUAGGAUAUGUUGUCGGUCAAAUUCUCUCAUUCACGCUUCUCAAAGAUGCUACUUGCGACGCUUCCCGCCUGCCUGUAAUUGGCGAAGAAGUCAAGAACUCCAGUGCAAGUGGCGCGGGGUCAAAUUCCAAAUCUGACCAUGUGAAGCAAAAAGUUCACAAGCGCCCGAAACGAAGAAUUUUCAUCGCCAUUCAUUCCACCCCAGAAUAUCUCAAAACCCGAGGCCAGGCAAUUAAAGACAGUUGGUUGCAAGAAAUAGACGAAAGAAUCGCAACUGUAAGAUUUAUUUCUGCCCCCUUGGAGGGCUUCCCGACUUUUACACUGCCAGAUGUGAACGAUUACGAUUACCCGCCCCAGAAGAAGUCUUUCAAGCUCUUGGCGUAUUUCGCAAGCAUUGCUGAUAAAUACGAUUGGUUCAUCAGAGUCGAUGAUGAUUUGCACAUGCAGUUUGAUCACUUGAUAAAGUUUUUGUCGAAACUGGAUCCGGACGAGCCGCACUACAUUGGAGGAACUGGAUUCGGAAGAGAUGCAGAUGAUUACAUUCCUCAUGGCACGGCGUUUUGCAUGGGCGGUAGUGGGGUUUUAUUUUCCCAUGCGCUUAUUACGAAGCUAAGGCCGUAUUUGACCACCUGCAUUAAGAAUUUAAUGACCGAGCAUGAAGACGUCGAAGUCGGCCGCUGCAUUUGGACCCACCUGAACAUCGACUGUACUAAAUCCUAUGAAACGAAUGAGCUCCUCCAUCAAAAUUGGAAGAGCCAUGUGGCGGCGGGAGAAAUUGGAUACAAAAAUGACAUUGACGCGGAACUGGAUCUCGACGAAAAAGUGCUUCAUAGCUCGAUUACGCUUCAUGCAAUUAAAAAUCCAGUCUCGCAGAUAAGGGUCAGAAUGAGGAUUUUGCGACACAGGGCAAAACAAUUAUACGGACGAACUCAGUCGAUACGUGAGCAUAUGCGAGAUCUCGGCUCUAUACGUAUCAAAUCUAACUUCGAAAGAAAAAGUUUAGACGGCUGCAUUUGGUCAUUUAUUCACAAUCUCGAAACACGAUGGACCGUAACUGAUUUUACUCUUGGCCCGAUUCCGCAUUUUCAAGUUCAUAAGCCCUGGCUGGGCAUGUUGAACAAUAUCCACGAGGAAUACAAGCACAUGUUACUGAGCCAUCAACUCUAUCAAUGUAUCAAUUCAGACAGAAUCGCGUUUCUCCGCUCCCGAUCAUACAAAAACCAAUGGGAACCGCAACUAUUCUCUCGAAAAUUCUCCGACUCAGUUUUCGUCCACGAGCAAAUGCUCCUCCAUGAUCUCGUCCGACAAGAUCCACGAACAGUCACUUUUAUCGUCCCCCUCUUUGGUCGUCUAGACAACUUCAAGCGCUUCGCCGGCGUCUACGGACAAAUUCUCGAAACGGAUCAAAAUGUUAAUCUCAUCGUCUCGCUGUCUGGGGAAGAAAGUGAACGGGAUGAUAUAACACACAUCCUGAGGGACACAGUCGGUGCGGAAAACAUGGUGGACAAGACAAUGGUGGUCUUCUGCGACAUUCCGUUUCGGAAAGCGAAUUGCCUUCAAAACGCAAUCAACGAGCUAGGAGAUGAUGAUUUGUUCUUCGUCUACGAUGUUGAUCUAGUCGUCGAUGUCGAAUUCAUCGAGAGGAUAAGAAACAUCGCCCAGAGUCAUGUUUACUUCCCAGUGAUUACGAGCCAGUAUGAAAUUGCCAAGGAGAAGGAGCCAAAGAUAUCUGGAAACGAUGGCUUCUGGAGAGAAUGGGGCGUCGGACCAGUUGCGAUGACAAAGCAACUGUACAACCAAACUGCCGGCUACAAUCAAACAAUUUCCGGCUGGGGCAACGAAGACACCGAGUUAUACGAAAGCGUCAUCGAGCGGAGACUCCCAUUCAUCCGCGCUCGUGACGAAGGCAUCUUUCAUCCCUGGCACGACAAGAACUGCCAUGGACUCUCGAAGGAAACAGGGCAGUACCGUGCCUGUGUCAAUGUCAAGAAGGAUCAUGUCAUGGGAAUAAUGGAUCUGGCGAAGAGAUAUUUGAAAAAUGAAAGCACUCUUUCUUUCUUAGAACUUGAUGAAUAA